ACACACACACCCCAUGGCACUUGAACGAGUACAACAGAUUGGCUCACAGAUCUCGAGCACAGCAAGCAAGGCGUCAAUCCUCACCAAAUGGGACUCCGACGUCGUCAUCUGCGGCGCUGUCCGUACGCCUAUCACAAAGUCUAAGAAGGGCGGUCUCAAGGAUACCUGUCCCGAGGAAAUGCUGUCUGCCGUCUUGAGAGGUCUCGUCGAGCGCACCGGUGUCGACAAGACGCUCGUCGAGGACAUCGCUGUUGGUACCGUUCUUCAAAAGGGAAGUGGCGCAACGACCAGCAGAAUGGGCGUCCUCCACGCUGGCUUCCCUACCUCCACUGCCGUCAAUGCUAUCAACCGUCAAUGCUCCUCGGGUCUCGCAGCCACCCAGCAGAUCGCAAACGAGAUUGCUCUCGGUCAAAUCGAGAUUGGCAUCGGCGCAGGCGUCGAGUCAAUGACACUCAAUUAUGGCGCUGACGCCAUGCCUGCAAAGAUGUCUGACGACGUCAUGGAGAACGAGGAUGCUGCGGAUUGCUUGUUGCCUAUGGGUAUCACCUCGGAGAACGUCGCAACUCAGUUCGGCAUCACGCGUCAGACCCAGGACGAAUUUGCCGCCAAGUCGUUUGCGAAAGCUGUCGCAGCUCAAAAGGCUGGCAAAUUCAAGUCUGAGAUCAUCCCCAUGCACGUCAAGUGGACAGACCCCAAGUCGGAAGAGGAAAAGGAGAUUGACGUCGUUCAGGACGAUGGUCUCCGCGAAGGCAUCACCGCCGAGGGUCUCUCGAAGCUCAAGCCUGCCUUCAGCAAGACGGGCACGACUCACGCUGGCAACGCCUCACAAGUCUCAGACGGUGCCGCUGCUGUGCUCCUCGCACGUCGGUCGGUAGCCAAGAAGCUCGGCCUGCCCAUCCUCGGCAAGUUCGUCAGCUGUGCCGUCGUCGGCGUCAAGCCAGAUGUCAUGGGUAUCGGACCUGCCUUUGCCAUUCCCAGAGUGCUCGAGAUUGUCGGCCUCUCAAAGGACGAUGUCGACUUCUACGAGAUCAACGAAGCGUUCGCGUCUCAAGCAGUCUACAGCAUCGAAAAGCUCGGCAUCCCUUAUGAGAAGGUCAAUCCAGUCGGCGGUGCCAUCGCUUUCGGCCAUCCUCUUGGCGCGACGGGUGCACGACAAAUCGCAACCGGUUACGCAGAGGCCAAGCGAUCAGGCGCAAGCAUCUUUGUCACUUCCAUGUGCAUUGGUACCGGAAUGGGUGCCGCUGCAGUCUUCACCAACGAGCAGUAAGAGUCCGCAACUUAAAGCAAAUCAUGUGACAGAGCAAU